CGAGAAGCAGCCUGUUGAAUGUGACAGGCAGCCAAUCAGAAAGCGCGGUGACGUAACGGAGAGGAAUCUCAAACAGCUGUCAUGGCAACUGAGAGUCCGGUGGACAUCGGAGCUGUGGAUCUCAGGAUUGUUCUUGUUGGGAAAACUGGAAUCGGCAAAAGUGCAGCAGGAAACACCAUUUUAGGGAAGAAAGCUUUCAGAUCUACACUCUCUUUCUCCUCUGUGACAUCAGUCUGUGAGAAGGAAACCAAUGUUUUUGCUGGUCAAAAUCUGGCUGUUAUUGAUACUCCAGGUCUGUUUGAUACGGAGAAAACUAAUGAAGAGGUUGUGACAGAAAUCGCUAGAUGCAUCAGCAUGGCGGCUCCUGGUCCUCAUGUCUUCCUGAUUGUUCUCCAACCGACCAGAUUCACACCAGAAGAAAAACAAACAGUGGAAAUAAUCCAGAAAAUGUUUGGAGAAGCAGCAGCCAAAUACACCAUGAUCCUGUUUACCCAUGGAGACGAGCUGAAAAGGGGAUACAAGACAAUGAGAGACCUGUUAGAAACAUCCCAGCCUCUAAAAGAGAUCAUCAGUCAGUGCUCCAUCCUGGAGGAAUUUGAAGAUAAAUAUCAUGUUUUUGACAACACAGUUGAGGAUCCUGAUCAAGUCAGGGGAUUGCUGCAGAAGAUCAAUAGAAUGGUUCAGAGAAAUGGAGGGAGUUUCUACACCAAUGAGAUGUUUGAAGAGGCGCAGAAAGCCGUCCAGGAAGAAGCGGAAAGACUUCGCAGACAGAAUCCAAACAUCAACCCUCAGGAGGCCAGAAAGAUGGCAGAGAGCGACAACCCAUUUAUCCGUGCUGUUCUGAAGGCUCUUUGUGCUGCAGCUGAAGUUGUAAUUGGAGCUUUAGCUGAAGCUGUAGCUGGAGCUGUAGCUGUAGCUGUGGCUGCAGCUGCUCAAGCAGUGACAAAGAAGGCCUGUGUCAUACAGUAAUGAUGUGUGUGAUGUUUUGGCCGCAGCUUAUUAAAUCCUGAUUUUUAUAAAUAACAAAAUAAGUGCCAGUAAUAAGCAGAUUACGUAAUAAGCAGCACAUAUACUAAUUAAUUCGUAAUUAAUCAGUUACUGAAAUAUUUAAACAGCGGCAGCAGAACUGAGCAAGGAAGAGUUAUUAUCUCUUAAUUAUGAGGCUGUUGGUUUGAUUGAUUGAUUUAUUCAUAUCUUUAGUUGUCAAUCAGCCUGAUCAAUAUUGCAAAAUGUGAAAAUCUGAAGAUGCUUUGUGAUUUACAGGAGCUUGAGCUGACAGUAACCAUAACAAAUACAUUUCAUUUAACGAUACAUUUUAUUAAAAUGAUGAUUUCCUCUGAUGCUGGACAAGAAAUCUUUUUAUAAUCUGGUGAUUAAAAAUAUUGCUUGCUGGUUUAUGUAACGUAAAGACAAGUUAUGGACAUUGUUGAUUUGUGUUAUUUCCUCGUGUUGCUAAAGCGCUAAUAAAGCUUUUAAAAAGAAAUAAUGAA